UUUCAUCUCCAUCUCUUCUUCCCCUACACCAAAAACAGAAACAGAAAAAAGAAGAAGAAGGAGAGGAAAUUGUGGUUGUUGAAACUUGAAGAAGAAGAAGAUAAGAAUGGGGAACACAUUAAGGUGCUGUUUGGCGUGCGUGAUUCCCUGCGGCGCCCUGGACUUGAUCCGGAUCGUCCAUCUAAACGGGUACGUGGAGGAAAUAACCCGACCCGUAACCGCCGGCGAGAUCCUCCAGGCCAACCCCAACCACGUCCUCAGCAAGCCUUCCUCCCAGGGAGUCGUCCGCCGGAUCCUCAUCCUCUCCCCGGACUCCGAGCUCAAGCGCGGCGGCAUUUACUUCUUGAUCCCCGAAACCUCCAUGCCGGACAAGAAGCGCAUCCGCCGCGCGAAAAAGUACCGUCAAAAGACCACCACCACCGACGGCGGUGAUGAUAAUGACAAGAACAAUCAAGAAGGCCAUCACGUCUCCGUCAAGGACCACUGCGAGCGGUACCUAACGGAGGCAGUAAUAACGGAAGAGAAGAAGCAGAAGCAGCAAGAUUCGUCGUCGUCGUCACGGCGUCACAGACGGAGUGGGACCGGGAGAUCCGGAGUAUGGCGGCCUUAUCUAGACAGCAUCACGGAAGACUGACGGCGGAGGGGGCGCACUUGCUCUCUUCUUCUUUUUUUUUUUUCUUUCUCCACGGUGUCUCUCCGGUACCGGGAUCUGAGCCGGCGACGAACGUAGGUGGUGGGGAUUUGUUUUUUUUUUUUUUUUUUUUUUUUUUUUACCUCUCUCAUUUUUUUACUGUUACUGUUACGGUGGUGGGGGAGGUUUUGAGAUUGGCAUUUGUGGAUAGCUUCUUGUUUUGGUCUUGGUUUGGUUUUCUUGUUUCGAUCUGCGAAUAGUAAAAAGGCAGAUCCGAGGAUUGAUUCUUCUUUUCAUUUACAGCUCUGUUUGGUUAACGCUCGAGAAAAUCAAUCAAUCAUGCAAGGCAAGGCAGAGAGGAAAUGAGUUCAACUGUAAAUAAAAUUCGUUGGAUUAU